AUGACAUUUGAAGCACAGCGCGUGGAGACGCCAAUUGUUCUGGAGAUGGACAGCCCGAGCGCAGAGUGUGAGCACAGAGGAUUUGAGUACUUGAUGGAGGAGAUCAAGUCAAGGUACUCAAUAGGAAAGCUGCUGAGUGAAGGAGGUGAAGGUGCAGUAUAUGCAGGGGUUCGUCUGUCGGAUGGCACCGAGGUUGCCAUAAAAGUUUCCCAGGUGGACCCUUACUUGGGAAUGAUAACCAUCCCUGGAGAGACCACUCCCAUUCCCACUGAGGUCAGACUGAUGAAGAUGGUCUCCCAGCCAGUCCGUUGCCCGAAAAUCCUGGAGCUGCUGGAAUGGUUUGUGGUCCAGAACAACCUGGUGCUUAUAUUAGAAAAACCAAGCCCCUGCAUGGACCUCCUGGACUUUUGUGAACUCCAAGGAGGUAAGCUGCCUGAACUCCUGGCGAGGGACAUCAUGGUCCAGGUGGUUCAGGUGAGGUGAGGGCUGCGGUGGAGGAGGAAAGGUCCAGCAAAGCAGUAGGAAUGGCACGUCAGGGUGCCUG